AUGUCGGACGAAGAGCACCACUUCGAGUCGAAGGCCGAUGCUGGGGCCUCCAAAACCUUCCCACAGCAAGCUGGAACUAUCCGCAAGAAUGGUUACAUGCCCUGCAAGUCGGUAGAGUCGGUGGAGCUUGCGAUGGAGUCGGUGGAAUUUGUGUUGAAUGUCGGUGGAGCCUUCUCAGUGAAGCUGAAUGUUGGUUCUGUUGUAGAGGUCUCCACUUCAAAAACUGGGAAGCAUGGGCAUGCAAAGUGUCACUUCGUGGGAAUUGAUAUAUUUAGUGGCAAGAAGCUUGAAGAUAUUGUUCCUUCAUCCCACAACUGUGAUGUGAGUCUUCUAACUGAAAAUGGAAACACCAAAGCCGACCUGAAGCUUCCCACCAAUGAAAAUCUGCUGAGUCAGAUUAAAGAUGGGUUUGCUGAAGACAAGGACCUCGUGGUUUCGGUUAUGUCAGCAAUGGGGGAAGAGCAGAUCUGCGCCCUCAAGGACAUUGGUCCGAAAUAG